AUGGCUGCUACUCAUUUUCAUCCACAUCUUAUUCUGGGCUUAAAGACGGGAGUAAAAGGAAAUGCCCAGUAUAUUAAGGGCAAUAAUGUAUUAUAUCCUGUUGGAGGAGUUCUCGCACUACAUAACUUCAAAGAGAAAGAACAAAGCUAUAUUCGAUUGGAAGAGAACGAGAAAGCUUUGACAAUGAUUCAUGUGAGCAUGGACAGAACGAUGGCAGCUAUUGUGUAUCAAACAGACGAACGUUAUAUUUCGGUGUAUGAUUUGACAACAUUGAAGCAAAAAAAAGUAAUCUGUGUUUCUCCUGACAUUCCUGGCAAGGAAAUUGUUGUUGCCUGUUUCACAUUUGAUUUAAAGUUCUUAAUGGUAAUUCUUGGCAAGCCUCAGUGGAUGCUACUGUGUUAUGAGUUACAAACGGGAGAUCUAAAGUCCUCAACACAAGCAAUUAAUGAAGAUGGAACAGGAGAAGUCUAUCAGGCUGCGCCCAACCCCAGCGACAACACAGUCAUCUGCGUUGUCGGUCCCGGCCUGUUCCGUCUCCUUAGCGUGCUGGACAACUCAUGGACGCAGUACGGAUACGCUAUGACCGAAUAUGUCCCAUUCACGUGCGCCUCUUGGGUCACGUUCGACCGUCUCGUCUGUGGGACGAAAGAUGGCAGACUAAUAAUAUUCGAAUCUGGAGAUCUGAAGUAUAUCUAUGACAUGGCGGAAACUAGUCUGAUUGACACGAAAAGUUUCGAGGAGUUGCCACCACUAACGCGUCCCGAAACUGAAACGGAAGAGGACGUUCGAAAUACUGAGAUCCGCGAGAUAGUCUCCGGUGCGAAAGGCUUUGCAUAUAAUUAUGGAGAAUCGGCUGUUCAUUUCUUCGAAAGACUGAGUGCUCAUGCCUACUCAAAGAGGAAUGUCUUUAACAUUCCUUGUCCUGAAAUCGCUGAGAGGGAACCUGGCAUUAACUGCAUUCAGAAUCUGAGUAUGAAUAAUGAUGGAGAUUAUCUCGUUGCAACUACCCGCUACUCACAGAUAUAUUUUGCAUUUUUAAUGGGACCCACUAUAGCACAACAACCAGAAAUUGAGUUCGAUCUAUUGGGAGAAAGUUUGCAUCAUGGAGAGAUAAAUGGACUUUCAACAUGUCGAUGGAAACCCAUUUUCAUAACGUGUGGCAAAGCUGAUCGCACCGUUCGAAUUUGGAACUACGAAGAACAGAAACUUACGAUAUCUGUGCAGUAUCAGGAAGAUGUAUACUGUGUUGCUCUGCACCCAACUGGACUGUAUGCUACUAUUGGAUUUUCUCAUAAGAUCCGAUAUGUAAAAGUGCUUAUUGAUGACCUAGAGUCUAUGAGAGCAUUCCCUAUUAGAAGCUGUGUUGAAUGUGCUUUUAGCUGUAAUGGUCAUUUAUUUGCUGCUGUCAAUGGAAAUAUAAUACAAAUAUAUUCUUGCAUAACAUUUCAGAAUGUUUAUACUCUGAAAGGACAUAAUGGGAAGAUUCGCUCACUUGCUUGGAUUGAGUCUGAUGACAAACUUGUUUCUUGUGGAACUGAAGGUGCUGUUUAUGAAUGGUAUAUUCCUUCAACCCGGAGAGUAGGUGAAACAAUAAUAAAGAGCUGUGUUUUCUCUGGGAUAACAGUCUUUUCAUAUGGAGGUUCUCUGUUUGCUGUUGGAAGUGAUGGAAAACUGAGAGAAAUAAGUGAUUCUGAGGUCAUAAAUGAAGUGGACAUUUGUGAACAACUUGAUUGCAUUACUAUCACACAUGAUAACUCAGUUUUAUUCAUAAGUACUUCAUCUGGCACUAUUUUCUCCUAUCCAUUGCCACUAACUGAGACACCUCAUCCCAGGAAACAGGCAAUUCACAACCACUCAAUUACACGUGUUUCUCUAGGUUUCGUUAGGGACUAUUUUGAAAUAAUUUAUGAUGAUGAGAAUCUGUUACUAGAAAUACCAACUUUCCUGGAUCUAAUUUAUAAAUGGCUCUCUUAUAUGAACGGUUUGCUCUUGAUUAUCAGUUUAUUCAGCUCACAAUCUCCGAUCACAGCAGUUUCACCCAACUCUGAUGAUGUGUCAGAAAGUGCAACAGAUUCAUUUGACCCUGAAGCUGCUUCUGUUUCAAUGUGCAUUACUGAGAAUAACGAGUUACUGAUCACCUGCUCUACAGAUGGAAUGCUCUGCUUGUGGUCAAUUGCUCCAUCCCGUAGAAAGAAAUCAGCUGCAAUGCUAAGUGCUUUAUAUUUUGAAUACAUACUUGUGAAUAAAGGACAUCUGGAAGAACUGACAAACUCUAUUGCAGAAUUAAAUCAGAGAAUUGGGGUACUUGAAAAAGAAUAUGACUAUCAAACACAACAGAAUGAAGCAAAGUUUACUGAAGAAUUGAAGGAGAUAGUCAGUAGUUACCAAGAGUUCAUGGAAAAUAUGAGAGAGCAGUCAGAGAGAGUGGCAACAGAUCAUGCUCAGGAGCUGAUGAGCUUCAAGGAUGAUAUUGCGAAGAAGAAGUCAUACUACGAAAUAGAAGUACAGAAUUUUGAACUGAAUUUUGAGGCCAAAUUAAUAGAAAAAUAUAACAAAUAUCAGGCCCAAGAAGACAAAAUGGCAAGGACAAAGGCUAAAUAUGAGAAGUACUCUGUCACAUUGUAA